AUGUCCAACACUUCUGACGUUUACCUCAAGGCUGCCCGCUAUGGCAAGGACCUUGUUCGCAUCAUGAGAGUCUACAGAGAGGCCGAUAAGCAGACCUGUACCGAACUUACCGUCAGAUUGUUGUUGGAAGGUGCUAUUGAGACCUCCUACACCAAGGCCGAUAACUCUGUUGUUGUUGCUACUGAUACCUGCAAGAACACCAUCAACAUUCUUGCCAAGCGUAGCUCCAACGUCGACAAUAUCGAGGUCUUUGGACAGGAAAUCACUGCCCAUAUGUUAAAGCAGUAUACCCACAUCAGCUCUGCUCACGUUGACAUCAUCAAGCACAAGUGGUCUCGUAUGAUUGUCGAUGGCAAGCCCCACCCCCACUCCUUUGUCCGUGACGGCGAGGAGCUCCAUACCGCAAAGAUCACACACUUGCGUGCCGGUAACAGCGUCACCAUCACCUCUGGCUUGAAGAACCUCUUGGUCCUCAAGACCACCGGCUCUGCCUUCCACGGUUUCUACAAAGACGAGUACACCACCCUUGUCGAGACCUGGGAUCGUAUCUUCUCUACCUCUGUCGAUGCCACAUGGACCUAUACUGUCAGACCCGCCGAAAAGUACUCUGCUGUCGAUUACCCUGCUAUCUACGCUUCGGUUAAGCAGAUCACCAUGGACACCUUUGCCAAGGACGAGUCUGCAUCUGUCCAGGCCACCCUUUACUUGAUGCAGCAGCAGAUCUUGGCCAAGUACAGCGACGUUGCCGAAGUUAGCUAUGCUCUCCCCAACAAGCACUAUGUCGGUAUCGAUUUGAGCAAGUUCAACAUCGACAACACCGGAGCUAAGAUGGAAGUCUAUCAUCCCCAGGCCGAUCCUUCUGGCCUCAUCACUGCUACUGCUGCCCAUUCUACAAUUGGUGCCAAUUAA